GUUCGAUUGUUUAAUUUAUCGAAUUCAACAUAACCUCUAUUAUUGUUUUUUAAACAGUUUGUAUUUAUUUUCAAAAAAUAGAAAAUUCAGAAGAAGAAACGUAUUUUCUGUUUAUAAUCAAGUACUAAUUAUGUUCUGUAUUAUAUAGGUUAUCAAAUUAAUUAAAUGAAAUAGAAAAAAAAAUGAUUACGAACGACUCGUGUUCUGUUACAAUUGAUGGCAAUAAAACGGAUAUUUGUUUUAAAGUUUACAGCAAUCGAAUUUUUUUAAUUCUUUCUCAAUACAGAAAGUUUGGAUCUUUUAUUACAGUUGAAAAAGAAUCUGGUAUUAGAGAAUUCAACAGUGACGUUUAUAGUACAAAAACUGUAUUAGGUACUGACGCACCAGAAAUUCACGCGGCAGCAAGAUAUAUUGCCGAACAAACAAAUAUUGAUCGCACUCUUCUUUUAACAAUUUCAUUAAAAGAUUAUAAUCCAGAUUUUAUUAAAAAAAUUGUCAAUAUAUUGAAUAAAAUUAAAUUGUGGUAAAAAUUUUUUGACAAAAAAAAAAAAUAAAAAUAAGAAAAAUGAGUCUUUUAUUUGGUCAAUUAGUUAUUGGUCCACCAGGAAGUGGAAAAACAACUUAUUGCAAUGCAAUGGGAAAGUUUCUUGAAUCAUUGGGAAGAAAAGUGGCGAUUAUAAAUAUUGAUCCAGCUAAUGAAAAUAUGGAAUAUACUCCAACGAUAGAUAUUGCGAAUUUAAUAAAACUUGAAGAAGUAAUGAAAAUUCAUAAAUUGGGACCAAAUGGAGCAUUGAUUUAUUGUAUGGAAUUUUUAGAAGCAAAUAUAGAUUGGCUUAUUAAAAGAAUACUUCAAUUAAAGGAUCAUUAUUUUUUAUUAGACUGUCCUGGACAGGUAGAAUUGUUUACGCAUCAUGAGUCAAUGAAUUCAAUAACAACGAAGUUAUGCGAAAAUUUGUUAAGAUUGUGCAGUGUUAAUUUAAUUGAUUCUCAUCAUUGCAGUGAUCCUGGAAAAUAUUUGUCCUCCCUAAUGGUUUGUACAAGUACAAUGCUAAAUCUAGGUCUACCACAUGUAAAUGUAAUGACAAAAUUGGAUGAAUUAAAACGCUUCAGUGAUAAACUUGAUUUCAAUCUCGAUUUUUAUACAGAUGUUCUCGAUUUAAAGUAUCUUUUAGAGAAACUAGAUGAGGAUCCUUUAACAGCAAAAUAUAAAAAACUUAACGCUGCUUUAGUGGAAGUUAUUGAGAUGUAUAGUUUAGUUACUUUCUUACCAUUGGAUGUUUCAAAUAAGGCACUACUUUUAAAAGUGAAAAAUGAAAUUGAUAAAGCCAAUGGCUAUAUAUUUGGUGGUAAUGAACCGCAAGAUAUACAAACACUUUUGGCUUGUGCUGUGGGAGCUCAGACAGAAACCGAACGAGUUUCAUCUCUUGAUUCUUAUAUUUAAAAAUUAAAACAUUUAUAAUUUUUUUUAUCUAUUUACAAUAAAUUUCUUCACAUUUAUACUAAUA